AUGAAUGCAAUAGCUCCUCCUGCCAAUUCGGCAAAUCAUACAGCAACUUCAGAUUCACCUUUUCGUCAACAACAACAUCAACAACCACCACAAUCACAAAGAUCAUCAAAGCAAUUCUUACUGCCACCCGGCAGUAGCAGUGGUCAUUCUUCUAGCGCUUUGGCUUCACUUGCAAGAGGAUCAUUAAUGAUGGGCUUAAGCAGUGAAACAAAUCCAAAUCCAAAUGCUUCUUCAAGCUCUUUGGGCUUGGUGUCAACGCAUAGUGGUGUGAAUGGCCAUACACCUACAGGAGAAUCAUCCAAUAUGAUCAUAGGUCCAAAUGGUGUAUUGGUACCUCGUUCUUCCAUCUUGCUAAAUCGUUCAACUCGUAAAUCACUUGUGGACAAUUGGAGAGUGAAAGGACCAGAUGGCUCGUUAAUUGCACCUGCUGUCUUGCGAAUCCCUGCAGUUCCCACACUGAAAGAACAAAAGGAAAGGGAACUUCAACGAGAAUUCGAAAGGGCAGAACGAGAAAGGGAGAUUGAAAGAGAAGUGCGUGAAAAGGAACAAGCUGAAAAAGUGUGGGGAAUACCCAGGAAAGCAUUUUACCUUGGCUUGGGAGAGAUUAACUUUAAUGCACAAAUGGCAAUGCUAGGUGGAUGGGGAAAUGGCAGUGGUGGAAUGGGUGUUGAUGUUGCAAAUCGAACGCCAUUGACGUCCAAAGCGACAAGGAGAAAGAGUACGCCUGUCACUUUUGGUGGCAGCCUUUCGAAAAAGCAACCACAAAAGACAAGAUCUGGCAGGCCAAGCAGUUCUCAUGGAUCUAUCAAAAGAGGUCAUGAACCACCUGCUGCUCCUAAACCUCCACCAAAAGAACCAGAAGAAAGCGAUAGUGAUGAAUCGAUGGAUUUGGAAGAAUUAGCAGCAUUAAAUGCGAUCAUCAAUACGAGAAGGUCUAUGGAGGCUGCGCAAGUAUUGGCAAGUGGAAUGUAUGCAGCACGUCCGACAGCGGCCAUCAAACGUAGCACUAGCAGUAAUGAAGCCUUGCGUAAAAGUACGGAAGGUGAAUUGGAUAGCCGACCGGCAGAGGAAAGACAAGAAAGUAUGGAGAGUGUGCCAACUUUGAAAAGUACCACUACCUCGGCUGUGAAUGAGAGUGGAAGUGAUAGUGGAAUUCAGAGCAAGCCAGCGCAUCCUAGACGACAUUCAGACAAUCUUGCUGCUUAUCCGACCUCUUCACGUAUUCGAUUUGCACCAUUACCACAUACUUAUACACCUUCGCAAGCGAUACCCAAUGUUGAUGAGGAUACCUCUCAAACAGUGGGUAUCACUGCACAGAACGGGGAUACGCUCGCUCCACCAGCUUCAAAAGAAUCUGAUCGUUCGACUGAAGAAGUUUUGAAUACAUCAAAACCAAGCCCCACAAAAGAGCGAGAAGAUGUUGAGCUAGACAUGGAAGAAGAGAUGGACGGUGAUGAAAGUUGGACGAGACGCUGGAGUGGAUCAAAAUCAAGCAAAUGGUAUUUGAUGGGCAUGCCAAAGAGCGUAUUUAGUCCUCAAUACUAUCGUACUUUGCGCCGACCUAUGUCUGGUGGUUCGCAUGAUUCUUCAAUGACUGCUACGCAAUUUGGCGCAAAUUCUGCCUCUUUGGCACUUUCGGAUAGUGAGCGAAGAGGACGAAGAAGAUCUCGUUCUAAGCGAGCGUCAAACAGUCGUGCAAGCUCAAUCAAAUCACGUUCUUCGAGUAUCGGCUCCAUGGAUGAAGAAGAAAGAGAUCGAAGACGACAGCUUAUCCUUGCCUCUCGACCAGGAGGAACAGGGAUGGUCACUCUUCCGGAUGGUCGAAAGAUCCGAGCUAGAAGAGUGGGAGAAGCAUAUUCUGACGAUGAGGGAGAUCAGACGCAAGCAUCAACGGAAGUUGGUUUGGGUGCUCUCGCAAAGGCUGCAGAAAGACAAGGUUUGACUGAUGAUGAACGUCAAACGGGCGAGAAACGAAUGUCAGACGAUGAGGGUGGCAGAGAAAGCGACUUUGGCGAAGAAGAAAUGGCUGCAGAUGACAGAGAUAGCAUUCGUGCUAUUGCAAAGAUGAAACGUCGCAAACGCGAAGCUUCCAUGGAUAAUGCAGCUAAACCUGCUGAAGAUGAGAGUGUUUUCAUUUCGGAUUCCACCCAAGAAGCAUCCAACGACACAGUUCUGCAAUCUGAUAAUAAGAAGUCGAAUGCGGAGAAAACAAUCGAUGAAGCUGCUGCUACCAGUGCAAUUGCAGAGGAUGAGAGCGAUUCCGAUAGUCUAAGCGAUGAAGAGGCCGAUCAAAUGGCACAGAGUAUCAGUAGACUGGACGAAGAGAAGCUGUCACAAGGUCGCAUGCCCAAGCGAUCAACCACGAUGCCCUCUGGCCCAAUCACCUUGAGCGCUUCUCAAGCGGCAGAAGUUCGCAGAAGACACGAAGAAGAAGUGGCAGCAUUGGGAGCUGAAGUAUUGCACAAUAUCGCGAAAGCUAAAAAGGCUAAACAGAUGCAAUACGAUCAACAACAACAGCAGCAACAAGGAGCGUCUACUCGUCAACAACAAACACAACAACAAAAAAGCGCUACAGAUAAAUUUGGUCAUCAAGAUGCGAGAUUGCUACGAUCGCAGACUGUGCAUCAUACCGGCCAGUCAAACUCUCCAGGCUUGCCUACUCAGUCUACAUUCAAAAAUGCAAUUUCACAGACCGACCGCGGACGCGGACGUGAUGUUCGAUCACGUACACAAACAUCAGCUGAGGAUGAAGUGUUUUUGAGGAGUGAAGGCAGACAUAGCAGACUUUCACCUUUGCGACACUCUCUCCGUACGAAGCCACGAACGCAAAGUGUUCAUGUCAAUCGCGCUCCAAAACAAACUGAAUCAAACAAGCAAGCUUCGUAUGAUGUCUUGGAAUCGCUUCGACGUCCAGAUCGCAAAGGAACGGGCAGCUCAUCUUCUGUUAGUCGACUUCCUCGCGUAUCCACUCCACCUCGCAUUCAAUCCGACACUGAUAGUCGCCCGAUCACGCCUACCAGAAGGACUGCAGAUGAUGAAAAUGAAGCGGGAGAUUUGACAGCUUCAGUCUCAUCCGUACGUACGUUAAGAGGAGCAGGUGAUAUUAUUACAGAUUUCCCUUUGCAAUCGUCGCCUCUCUCCCAAGGUGCAGUCAGUCCUUCUGCAGUUCACUCUCUUCACGAUUUACACAAUCCUGACGUUCAAACACCAUCAAUCGCAGCCGCUUCUAUGCCAAAUGUAGCCGUUGAUGCGGAAGACCUUGAGUUGACGAUUGAUUCACCGCUUGCCGAAUCGCCAUCUUCAAGCUUACGAACAGCUUCUAUUCGUUCUUUCCGUCGAUCACGCAUUCCAGAUCUACCUUCACCUUGGGAUCUUCCAAGGCGUCCAGAUGCUCGUGGAUAUGCAGUCGUGCCUUUACCAGGCAAUCAAUUAGGACGUCGUCCUGAUAGGCCACGUGAAGGCAGAUUUUGGCAAACGGACGAAGAAGAUGGAGAAGAAAACGACGAAGAGUAUAGCAGUACAGAAGAUGAAAUGCCUGAAAGACCAUACACGCAAAAGAAGAUCCAAUCGACAAUUGACUCGGAUGAUGAACAAGAAAGUGAUAUGGAUGCUGAGCAAUUGGCCGAAGAGGAAAGAAGGACUGCCGUCCAAAAGAAACGUGCAACGACUCGUGCUGCUGGAGCCGAAUUGGUUAGUAGUCUUACAGCUAAACAAAAGAAUCAAUCGCAAAACAAUCUCGCUACACGAUCUGCAACACGAUUAAAUUCAAAGCGAUCAACAUCUGCCAAUCGUCAAACGGAUGCAAAUGGCAAAUAUUCUCAAAGACCUGCAAAUUUAUCGCGAAAGAGUGCCGAAUUCCCAAUCUCAGGUCAAGCGCCUCUGUUGCACAGACACAGCAAGUCAUCCAAUCAAUCAGUCACUUCAAACGGCAGCUCACGUGGAGAUGCUAGCAAUGAUGUCAGAAAUGGCCGUCCUAUCUUGUCAAGAACUGUUGUAUCCACUUCGCGGGAUAGGAAAGGAAAUCAUGUUGCAAAGAUCACACGUGAACGUGAUACAUGGAAUGAUUUUGACGAUCACGAAAGCAAAAUUCUGGGAAAGAAAGAUGUCUUAGCAAAGCUUAAGAUCGAGGACGAAGAUGGAGACUCUAGCGAUGUCGAUGAUCUUUGGCCACCAACGUUGGAUAACGCUCUGGGCAGCGGAUCACCUUUGCCACGUGUACCUGAUCUGCCUUCCCCGAUUCAAAUCCCUUUGGGUAAAUCGACCUCGCGGCCCACUAUGGCAGCUUUAUCCGCAAAGAGUUCUACAAGUCUGUCUUCUAGUAUUGGCAGUUCAAAUGGUGCAAUGAUCAGCCCAAUUGGUGACGUGAGUGCAUCUGCAAAGAAGUUUGGCCAUAGUCCUACUUCUCCAAAUGGUUCUGCAUCGAAUCAUUCAACAAGUUCAGCUAUUCGAUUAGCAAUGCAUGCAACAAAAGCAAAAAUCGUACGUGAAAAACGUGAAAAAGAACAAAGGGAGCGUGAACGUGAAAAACGUAGAAAAGCACGCGAAAUGGACGAAUCUCUUGAUUAUGGGUGGCCGAAAAGCUUACAAGGUUCAUCGUUAUAUUGA